UGAACAUGGCGAGCUGUUUCUUGUGAGCCACGCAAAAUGUGUUUAGAAGUUAUUCUCCCAUUAAAUUAUUUCAAUUUGUAGUUGUAAUAAGUGAGUGUAUUAACAAUGACUUCAUUACAGUAUGUAGUGCACCCUUUGCCAGGAAGCGAAGAACAAUUUAAUGACAGAUUAAAAGAAGUAGCAGAUAGAAUUAAUCGUCUUGGGCAUAAUAUACACCCCGGAUUGGCAAGUUUACGUACCAGUGUUAAGCGUAUAUGUCUUGGUUCGACAUAUAUAGUAUUACUUUUAGAAGAUGGUCGUAUUUGUCGCGUCUCUUACAAUGUGUUAUCGGACCGAUUAGAUUUGAGCAAAAAUGAUUCUAAUAAAAAAUCUUGGUUGUUGCGCAGUUCUGGAGGAGGUGGAGGUGGUGGAACUGGAGGUUCCGGAAGUGGUAGUGGAGCAGGAGGAGGAGGGGGUAAUAAUAAGCCAACUGGAAGUGGAAGACAGAUCCGAACUCGAGCUAGAAUAAUGAGAUCCAACACAGCUAUUCGAGGAGGCAGCAAUAGCGGUAGCCGUGGUGCUCCCGUUAUCAUAGGAACCAGUAGCUCAAGUAGUGGAAGACCUAUGGUUACAGUUCCGGCACCCUAUGUUCCAGAGGAACUAGUAUCGCAAGCUCAAGUCGUUCUUCAAGGAAAAAGUAGGAAUUUAAUCAUACGUGAAUUGCAGAGAACUAAUUUAGAUGUCAACUUAGCGGUCAAUAAUCUUCUAUCCCGAGAUGACGAAGAAGGCGAGGAAGGAGACGAUGCCGCGGAUUCUUAUGUACCAGAAGAUCUCAUCUCAUUACUCGACGGUGGUUUCCAUACUGACCAUUCAGUUAUUAUCGAUGCCGAUGCUAUGUUUUCAGAGGAUAUGUUUGGUUACUCUGGUAUCAGAAACUUCCUUAACAGUCGUGGCAGCAGUAGUCGUAGUCGGAUGCCAGAUCGCGAUGCUCCACCCAACAACAGCGCGAGCUCUGACCGCGAUCGAGAGAACUUUUCCCGAUGGAGGGACAGGCAGUACUUUGGACCAAGACGUUGGUUAGAAACGGCACUGAGGGACAACCCGUAUGAGAAAGACUCAGAUCACAAGAAAAAGGACAACGCGUGCCCAUUGUGGAUUUCGGACGAUCUUGAAUUCUGGCCAGAACCCGCUCCUAAGUUUGUCCAGAUUGCCACCCUAUACAGCGAACUGAUUGCUCUUUCCGUGAAUGGGCAGCUUUACCAAUGGAAAUGGAAUGACCACGAACCCUAUAGACAUCCCGAAAAUCCCAACAUUCAUCAUCCUAAAACGGUCACACUUGGAUUGGCCGGAGAAAAAAUCACUCAUAUCUCUGCAUGUUCUAUUCGAUGCACUGUGGCUACUGAAACUGGGAAAGUUGCUACUUGGCUCGAUGAAUUAUUGUCCCCUGCUGCUAACAAACUUGAACAUUCUGCUCAGGCCUAUAAUGAGUUUCAAACCGAUAAGAUUACUGCUUUGUACACCUGUCCGAUCUAUACUGUUGCGAGAUUGGAAAGCGGCAGUCUUUAUUGGUGGGGAGUUCUACCGUUUGCUCAACGUAAAAGGUUAUGGGAAAAGUACAAAGCUAAGUCUAGGAAGCAGCGUCCACCAAACAACCAAGCCGAAAUCGUCACUGGAUCCCAGGUGUGCAUGAAGAACAGCCCUAUGUACCAACCGGGCGCUAUUGGUUUUACGGUUGCAGCCGGUGUUCCUAAAGUUGGACAAAUUCAGACUGCCGCUUGGACCUUAAACGACAUUGGUAUAUUUAAGGUUGUAAAUGUCCACAGUUCUAGCAAUACUGAAAAGAGUCGUUCUGAUUCAACUCCUACAGCUAGCGGAUUGGCGAAUUUGGGCGGUAAAUCUUCAUCUAACAAAGAAAAUACCGAUAGACUUGACAUGCCCCCACCGCCAUCUCCGGCGUCCAGUACUUGUAGUGAUACUGGCAGUAUCACCAAUAGUCACAAACGUCAGAAGAGACAUGUCGUGACUUGUUCCGAUUCCAACAGCGAGCCCAAGAAAGACGAAGAAGAAUGGUUGCUGAGAGACGUGAUUUUUGUAGAAGACGUGCGGAAUGUCCCCACUGGCAGAGUUUUAAAGAUUGACGGAGCCUAUGCAGCUGUUCGAUUCCCAACUACGCACACUAGAGACAGGGAUUCUAAAGAUGCCGACGACAUAUUGCAAGAUUGUCGACUAAUGAGAAAAGAUGAUUUGCAAGUGGUAAAGUCUUCUUCGAUAUCCCGUGUCCCAGAUUGUUUCCAGAGAACUCCUAGAAGGGUCCAGAUUUCGGAAACUGCUGGACAAAUUCUAACCAUCGCCGUCGACGGGCAGGGAAUACACGCGAUUGUCAGAAAUGGUUCCAAGUUGAGUUACGUUCUGUACAACAUCAGCACCGGCCGCAUUGAACAAGAGAACCCUUUCCCAAGCGACACCGCUGCCUUUAUGGGUCUAUACCCGUCACACGUCAGCCUGACUUGCGCUGGAGAGAGCAGCGAAACGGUACUUAUCCUCCGUGACGGCAACAAUGCCAUCUAUCCUCUAGCCAAAGACUGCGCGGAUGCCAUCCGAGAUCCUCAAUUUCUAGAUCUACCUCCGAUUAAGUGUCUCACGGCCGGCACCCUCGCUCUGUCCGGCACCAGCCUGAACAUGAAGAACCAAGUAGCCAUUGUUGUUUUUGCCUUGGAACAGCAGCUUUUGAUGCCUAAGAUAUUGCGAUGCGAUAUCGAAGGGGUGCGACAAGUUCUGGCACAGCUAGACAGUGAAAUGAAAUCGGUUAGUUUGAUGAUUCCCUCGAUUAUAAACGAGAGAUGCGACGGUAAUAGAAACAUCUUCCAUGCUGUCGUGAACAUGUGUACGCCGACUUCCAAUAAAGAUGUGGAUAAUGAUCAGCACAGUUUCGUGCAGGAGGAGCCCUUGCCAACCCACAGUUGGCCGCCGGAAUCCUUCGAUGUGGCCUCCGGGGAUGAGGACAGCCUCAUGAGUUUGGGAAGCAGCGCCGCGAACAAGGGAAAUAGCAACAGCAACAAUGCUCCCAGUAACCUCGUUAUCGAUCCAGCUGAACGGAGAACAAAUGCAAUGCAGAUUUUACAUGCUCUCUUGUACGAUUCUUCUGCUCUGGAACCUCAUCUCAUUGAACUGUUGUGCGCCAAGGAUGCCCAGGGACAGACUCCAUUCAUGCUGGCCGUAUCAUCCCGAAGUUAUCCAGCAGCUCUUGAAUUAUUCGAAAGGAUCAUAAAACUGGGAACGCCUCAGGAACGUGAAGAGAUGAUCUUCCCAAAAGGCUCCAAUCCUGACCAUUCCCCGUUGCACGUUUUGUGCUGCAACGACACCUGCAGCUUCACCUGGACUGGGGCAGAGCACAUAAACCAGGACAUCUUCGAAUGUCGCACAUGCGGAUUGACUGGUACUCUGUGCUGCUGCACCGAGUGUGCUAGAGUUUGUCAUAAAGGCCACGACUGUAAAUUAAAGAGGACGUCUCCGACAGCUUAUUGCGACUGCUGGGAGAAAUGCAAGUGCAAGGCUUUGAUUAUGGGAAAUCAGACUGUUAGAUAUGAGUUACUCACCAGGUUGGUUAAAGAGACCAACCUCGUUUGUUUGCCAAACUCAAGAGGGGAAAGUAUCCUGCUAUUUUUGGUACAGACAGUUGGCAGACAAAACCAAGAGCAAAGGCAGUUUAGAAAUUCACGACCCCGUACCGCCUCAUCUAACUCAAGAAACAAAACACCAUCAUCAGAUAUUGAAUCCGACAUGCCCGAGCAUGAUUUAGAACCUCCACGGUUCAGUCGUAGAGCAUUGGACUGUCUCCUCGGCGACUGGAAGGCAGUUAAGAGUAUGAUAAUGUCUGGUACAAAAGAUACCAGUGACCAUUUCAUUGACCAACCUUACGUCGUCGGACAGACGGGUACUACGCUUCUCGAUAAAUUCACCCAUUGUUUCUUCGUCAAGUGCCAGAUGGUCCUGGACGUCUUACUGGAAACCAUAAUAAAGGAAAUGAAGAAUCCCGAUCCUAAACAGAGCGAUUACGCCGUCAGUGUCGCGAGAAGGUUUGUGCGGUCCGUCGUACGAAUUUUCGUUAUAUUCAGCAUUGAAAUGGCUCCAAAUUCUACGAAGAGACGGGGUCUGAGCAACCAUAACCUACCCUUGAGCAAGUGCAAAAGAGUGUUUCAGUCUCUGUCCAAGCUCUCUAUCGAGGAAUUAUGUGAGACCGCGGAUUCGCUUAUCGCCCCGGUAAGGUUGGGAGUGGCGAGACCGACGGCACCAUUUUCAUUAGCAACAUCACCUAAUGACAUACUAAACGGAUCCGAGGAACUAUUCAUAGUAGAUCCACUAGCACCAUCUGCAGCUGGUGGUUCAAGAACGACAUCUAACCAAUCCCAGGAUUUUCCGUUCUUAGCAGAAGCCGUUCGUAGAGCAGCCGGAAGUGCCAGAGAUCUUCUGAAUGAGAUAAAUAUCAAUGACAAUGAGAGUAUGGCUAUAGAUAACGAUGAUGAUAAUGCUUCUGAACAUGAAGACACUCCGGCAGAUCGAGACAUUCCUAUGGCUGUCCGUCAGGCAUCUUUAAAUGAAAACGAGACACAAGAAACUCCAUCGGACCAACAGGAAGGUCGUCUUCAGGGUGAAGAAAGCGAUCCCGAACUGGACUUGCUAGCAGAAACCGAGUCGGACAGCGACGAUAAUCACAGCAAUCAAGACGCUGCGUCAGCGCAGAGGUCUGUUCAGACUGGCGCAACGGCUGGAUCGGACACAGGUGGUAUGCUGCUGUUCCCGGAAGAUGAAAGUGGUGAAUCUAGCCAACAGGAGGAGGAAGAAAGUGAAGCUGGUGAAACUGACGAACAGGACACCGAAGAUUACACUCUCACAGAUGAACAGUUGGAACGUAGAAGAAGCCAUUACAGCAAUGUGACCGGCCAUGGUCAACGAAGCAAUUUGGCGCCACAAAACAUGCAGUGGGCCAUUCGUUCUAGAGAAGCGGGCAGAUCGCAAGGUGUCCGACUGCCGAACGGUUCCAAUUUGGUAUUUAUAGAUCCCAGUUCACUGAGACGCUCGACUACGGGCAGUACUACAGUAGCUGCCAGUUCGGAACCUAUUACUAUGGCCACAACGGCCAGCUGUCUAGCUAGAGCUUUCGGUAUUGUGGUGCGGCAAAUCGCCGAUCUAUUAUCUUUAAUGCCACAUGUGAACCAGAUCCUAACCUCAUCAUCAACUGUAAUGGAAAUAACCCAAGAUGAUAUUUAUAAUGUUCAGAUCUAUUUGGAGUUCCGAUUGAAGCCAACGUGGGACUGGCUGUUAACGGUAAUGGAUGCAACCGAGGCUCAACUCAAAUUCGGAGCUUCUUUAACUAAUUCAUUGGAUUUGACGAGUCCCGGAUAUCCCCUCAAUCAUACGGGAACAACAUCGGGAGUGGGAACUGGUUCUACCACCGUCAGAUCAAGUCACCGUGCUCAUGCCGUAUCAGCGGGUUCAGGCAGCUCCUCAGGAAAUAGAAUUGUAGGAUUCACCACAAAUGUUGAAAGUAGUAGAUCUCGUUCUGAAAGAGAAAGUGGCGAUUGGCAUGCAGCGAGGCGCGAGUUUUUGUCGUAUUGUUUAUCUCUAAUGAGAGCUCAUAACAGCGAACAUCUAGACUCUCUUCCCAUCCUAGACGUAUCUGCUUUACGACACGUCGCAUAUGUUUUUGAUGCGCUUAUUUAUUUCAUGCGAUCGGGAACCUCUGAGGUAGCAGACAACGAUGUGAGACGAGAAGGAUUGCCUUUACCGCCGUGGAACGAUCAAGAUGAAAAUGACAAUGAAGAAGCCGAAGAGGACAUUGCUGUAGCCAUGGAGACGGAAUCCUUAGACGAUCAAGAUGUGUCCAAUUUGGCUAACAAUAUAUCAAAUAGUUUGAAUACCUCUCUUCAAGGGAACACUGGAAAAGGAAGGAAACACUCUUUCUUUCAGAGAUCGGAAUCGACACUUUGUCUCGGAUGCCCACCACCAGAUCCGUUCGACACUCCAAUGUCGGAGGCGCUUCCGCUUGCUGAUCAGCCUCAUUUACUGCAGCCAAACGCUCGUAGAGAGGACUUAUUUGGAAUUCCUAAGCAACCUGUUACAUUAACUUCAACAGGUUCCAAUUCGGGUAACCCUCUAGAAUCUCUACCAACCAAACUGAGUCUUUCCACAAGGACCACAGAUUUUGCCAUGACCCAACCCGCCAGGGCGAACCACCCCAUUUCGAAUUCGUUCAAUGUGAUGGGCCCGAAUCCUCUGGUUUAUCCUCAGAACUACCAACCCGAUGAAGAGGGUAGACCAGCCUCCAAGGAGGCGACGCAACAGACUGAUGUCGCAAGUUCGUUCGAAUCUAUGACAAGUAUCGCGGGUGGCAGUAAUACUCCCAGGAAUGAUGGUAAGAAGAUGAGGAAUAUACAGCCAUUUGAGAGUUUAUUGGCUGCUGUUAAUAAUAAGACUGGAGACGUUCUAAAUGAGAGACCACAAGACUUAUCUAGGAACCGCGAGGAGCAAUUACUAGAUCCGUAUAACACGCAAGGACUAGGAGAUAAUCCUACACUAUCUCGUCCACAAAUCAUUGUGUCGCCAAGAAAAUUGGAAUCCACUACAGAGCAUAAUCAGGAGCAGGUUUCGUCAGGUGGUUCCUUAUUGUCGCUUCUAACACCCAACGAUUCCUCUCAAGACGUUUGCAGCCAGAGUACAACUUGUACUAUGUCGGGAUCUUCUACACCGUCAACAAGUUCUUCAAGAAGCCCCAGCAAGAGCGUUAUAGUCAGAGCUGGAUCGUCAAAUUGCCAAAAAAUUGGAGACCCAGAUGUAAUUAUGUCGGUAGAUAUCCAACAGCCGGAAACAUUGGAAAACCAAGAAAUUUCAGCAAAUGUGACGGUUGUAACCACAACAGUAAAUAAUGAAUUGCCUAAACCCACCGUGGGGCAAUCGGUUUCUCAUGAUUUACUUUUGGGCAGAUGGAGAUUAUCUUUAGAUUUGUUCGGUAGAGUUUUCAUGGAAGAUGUUGGGUUGGAACCGGGAUCUAUCGUUUCCGAAUUGGGAGGUUUUCCUGUGAAAGAGGCUAAGUUCAGGAGAGAUAUGGAGAAGCUGAGGAAUAACCAGCAGAGGGAUCUAACACUCUCAAAAAUCGAAAGAGACAGGACGCAGCUGAUCCUACAAACUUUUAAAGAGUUAAACAGCCAGUACAACAGCUACAACCGACGUACCACUUCCUCCUCGCCUCCCCUUGCCGUAAACAAAGUGAAAGUAACCUUCAAAGAUGAACCAGGCGAAGGUACUGGUGUGGCACGAAGUUUCUACACGGCCAUAGCAGAGGCCAUCUUGUCCAACGAUAAACUGCCAAACUUAGAGUCUGCACAAGUAGAUAAUAAAUAUUCCCAGUACAGCGUACUGCAACGCCUCCGCCGCGACAGGGACGUCCUAAGACGUACCGUGCCACCGAGGGGCUACAACAAGUCCAGGGAUCACCACAGGAGGACCAUGAGCAUCGAGGCGAGACCGUUCAUUCCGUCGGACAAUCUGCACACCUCCGACGCCCCGUCCAUGCCGGACAUCUCCUCCGCAUCGAACAACCAGCCUGGUACUAGCUCUAAUAACACCCAACCCUCUAAUGGCGGUAACCGUAACGAACACCUCACCAGUCAACAACAGCAACUGGGCGACCGACUCUAUCCACGAGUGUAUAACACGCACCCGACUUUCGCCGGUCGAAUCACGGGUAUGCUGCUGGAGUUGUCGCCCGCCCAGUUGCUCCUUCUGCUCGCCUCUGAAGAUUCCUUGAGAGCCAAAGUAGAGGAAGCAGUAGAGAUGAUACUGGCUCAUUCACAUUCCCAAUCCGAGUUAACUUCAGAGGCUUUGUUAGAAUUAGAUGUAUUUUCGUUGACUGAUCGAGGCUGUUCGAGAAAGAGUGGCGGGAGGACAAACGCUGAUAAUUCUGUUACAGAGGAGACAAUGCAAGACGAAGAGGACAUUGCACCACUCUUCUACUGCCCAGGCAAAAGGGGAUUCUACGCACCGAGGCAGGGGAAGGCCACUUUCGAAAGGCUCAACGCUUUUAGGAAUGUAGGACGGUUGCUCGGAUUAUGCCUUUUACAAAACGAAUUGUGUCCAAUAUUCUUGACCAGACACGUAUUGAAGUCGAUUCUAGGUCGUCCAAUCAAAUUCCAUGACCUGGCAUUCUUUGACCCCGUCGUUUAUGAAUCUCUUAGGCAGUUAGUUGUUGACGCUGAAACGAAGUACAGUAAUAGCUUGUUCUCUGCCCUCGACCUUAACUUUACAAUUGAUCUUAGUGCUGAAGAAGGCAGCGGAACAGUAGAACUUAUGCCUGGAGGAAAGGAUAUUGAAGUGACGUCUAGCAAUGUAUAUGACUACGUUAGGAAAUAUGCUAAGUAUAGAAUGAUUAAGGUUCAAGAAAAAGCUAUCGAGAGUAUUAGAACGGGGGUGUUUGACGUACUUCCUGAGGGAUCAUUGGACGGAUUGACUGCUGAAGACCUAAGGCUUUUGCUGAAUGGAGUUGGAGAUAUAAAUGUAGCUGUUUUGAUCUCAUAUACUUCUUUUAACGACGAAUCUGGUGAGAGUAGUGAGAGGCUCGUCAAAUUUAAGAGGUGGCUGUGGUCGAUCGUGGAAAAGAUGACCCAUCUUGAGAGACAGGAUUUGGUUUAUUUCUGGACAGGGUCACCCGCAUUGCCAGCUAGCGAAGACGGAUUCCAGCCCAUGCCGUCUGUGACUAUAAGGCCGGCCGACGAUGCCCAUCUUCCUACAGCCAACACUUGUAUUUCUCGUCUUUAUAUUCCACUAUAUAGUAGUCGAACGGUGUUACGGCAGAAACUGUUACUUGCCAUUAAAACAAAGAACUUUGGAUUUGUCUGAUUUCGUAAUAUAAGGGGCACUACUACUACAUUUCUUAUAGCUAGAAACUUGAGUUAAAUAAAAAAAUUGUUUCUUUAAAACGUUUAUAUAUUUUGAAUGUGAUUGUAUUUAUAAUAUAAGCUAAAGUGAUAUAAGAUUUGUAUAUAGUUUUGAACUAGCGGCACAAUUAGCACGAAAAUGAUUCUGUCUUUGGAAACAGCUCAAAUAAUGUUUAUUUUCUCUUAUGGUCUUUUUUUUGUUUCUUAUUGGUGCCAAUACUUGUUAAUAACUAUGGGAUCAAUUCCCAUUAACUCGUAGCCAUGUAGUGUUGUGCUUUGUUUUAUUUAUAAAAAAAUAGUUUACAAGCGAUACUUUUAGUUAAUGAUGUGUUACACUGUCAUGUUUCAGUUGUUGAUUUAUAACUAUUUUUAUUAAUAGUGUGCGUAGUUUAUUUUAAAAAUGUGAAGUUCACGGUAACAAUAUUUCAUAUCUGGAAAUAGCUUGUGUAUCAAUAAAGGUUAUUAUAUUAAUUUGUGUUUAGCUUAAUAUAAUGACACUAAUAAAAUGAAUCGUUCACA